AUGUGGACUGAGGCUCGUGGCACCGCACAUACCUUUGCAUCUGGACUAUUCGUUGCUACUCAAUCUGAUAUUUCAAGAAUUUUCAAAGACGAUUUCAAAGACGUUGACAGCAUAAGAACAGCCCUUCAAAACUCUGCAGAAUUGUUGAAGAAGGCGACCAUCAUCGGACUGGCAACUUCUGCUAUCAACAUCGCCUGGGAAUUGGAUAGCGUUUUUAUUGUCAAGGUGCCUAAUAAGGUGAAUGGCCAAGAGCCAUCUGCCAUGAAUCUGGCAAUACUUGAUAAAACAGCCCGCACAUGUGACAAAAAUGGCACGUGUUACUUUUUUAUCAUUGCCCAGAACAUCAGCAACCUCUCAGACCAAAAGUGGGUGGGAGUUCGAGGCCUCGAUAAGCUUUCCAAGUACAAAAUUACAUCGCUUGACUUUGCACAGUCGGCUACUUGGUUUCGGGAUCAAUUUAGUGGAUAUAUCACCUACCCGAACUCUUCAGCUAUUCUUAAAUCCCUUCAAGGCAAGAAGACUCGACCAUUUCUCGGCUACUUUGUUAAUGUGCCUGUUUUGGACUUCGUUAAGUCAAGUGCCACUAACUCAAAUGAGACAUAUGCAGCAACAAAGAAGAAUGCAUCUUCAGAGAAGAUUUUUUUAAGUGCUCUAGUGCACGAGACCAAUACUGUCAAAGGUUGGCCGUACUAUAAGAUAUCUCAAUGA